UGACCCGGGGUUGCUGGCGAGCAAAUUGAAGCAGAGGCAGGACUCUCGCCGCUCGCUUGUUAUAUCAUCAUCGCGGAUCCUUUCCUGCUUUCCCCGACCUCCCUUUCCUUCGUGUCGUUCGCGAUUUCGGGAUCGUCCAUUAUUCCAUCCCUGUAUACAUACUUCCACCCCGAUCAGGUGGCCCUGCAUUGACUGCUGGAUCUUCUCGCCGCCUUGAUUUCUUUUGACUUCUUCCCUUCAUCGACAUUCCUUUUUUCUCUUCCCGUUCCUCCGAUCUACUUUCUAAUUCCUGGGAUCUGCCAGAGCAAGUGAUGUAAAGAAUCCAUGGUUGUCUAUACUCGCAUCUCCGGAGGCUCCGCGCCGUCCCUCAUAAUUGCCUGUGUGGCUCUGUUCUGCGCAUGUCUACAAACCGUUGUCGCGGAAAUCGACUCGGUCUUUAAAUCGCGACCCGAUCUCUAUCCGCCCGUCUUUACCUUGGAACAUCGAGUGCCCGACAAACUCAGCCCGGGGUACAUCUUCGUCGGCCCCUACGAAGCGUCGAAUUCGGGCCCAUAUAUCUAUGACGAUGAGGGGAACCUAGUUUGGAGCGGCUGGGGUAACUCUGGCCCCGGAAACGCCCAUGGCAUGCACGUCUGCAAGUACAAGGGGAAGGAUCAUCUGUGCUUCUUCCAGGGUGUCCAGCAGAAUGGGUAUUGCAGAGGUCAUGGAGUGAUCAUGGAUGACCACUACCGCAUCGUCCGAACCGUGGUUCCCGGGGGCGGCAUGGCGUCCAGCGACAUGCACGAAUUCAUGCCUAUCAAUGACGGCAAGACCGCUUUGAUGACGGUGUACCAACAACGUCAGUUUGACAUGAGUCCGUGGAACGUCAAGUCCGGCAUGGGAUGGGUGAUGGAGAGUGUCUUCCAGGAAGUGGAUGUGGAGACCAACGAGGUGCUGUUCGAGUGGAAGUCUCUUGAUCAUGUCGACCCCUCCGAUGGCUACACCUGGCCAAGCCACACGGAUACUUCGGGCACUGGGCUGGACCCGCGCUCGCCGUGGGAUUACUUCCACAUCAACUCGGUCGACAAGAACGAGGACGGCGAUUAUCUGAUUUCCUCGCGCCAUACAUGUGCGAUCUACAAGAUCUCCGGCAAAGACGGAUCGAUCAUCUGGCGAUUGCACGGGGCGCGGCCCACGUUCAAAAACAUCAACUUUAGCUUCUCGCAGCAGCACGAUGCGCGGUGGCUCAGUGAAAACUCCACCCACACGCUGCUAUCCCUGUACAACAAUGGAUUCAAUGGUUUCAACCGGACUCAUGAAUACUCAUCCGGCAUGCUCAUUCUCAUCGACCACCGGGACAACACGGCGACCCAACUGCAUGACUACGUCCCUCCCGGCAAGAACAUGAUCAGCUCCAGCCAAGGCAACAUGCAGGUCCUCGAGAACAACAACGUGUUUAUUGGGUGGGGAAAUAACGCCUAUGUUUCUGAACACGAUGAAGAGGGCAACGUACUGCUUUGGGGUUAUCUUGAUAAGGACCGAAUCAUGAAUUACCGGGCCCAGAAGUUCGAGUGGGAGGGCAACCCAACCGACGUGCCGGCCCUGUGGACAUACUCGCAAUCCAUCGACACCUUCUCCCCGACAACUUUCUAUGUGAGCUGGAACGGUGCUACACGGGUGAAGUUUUGGCGGUUCUACGGCGCCACCAACUCGACUGGCCCAUUCAUGCUCGUCAAGCAGGUUGAGAAACGAGGGUUUGAGACCAGCUAUUCCGCGCCGUAUUUCUACCAGUGGACCUACGUCGAGGCGGUGGAUGUUGAGGGUAAAGUCCUGGGCAAGUCCCGGACCAUGUUCACCUUCAUCCCCUCCGUCGAAUUGCAGAGCCAUUGUGGGAGGGAAUCGUGUGAGAAUGCCCCAGCCUAUGGACUGCCAGGCGAGCAGGGCGCCGGGCCCGCGAUUCCCCCGGCGGGUAUCAACACCGUUCCCUGGAUUGAUCCCGGUCAUCCUGAGGCGCAUUUCGACUGGGGCCAAACCGGGAGUGGCUCGGAGCAGGGCGAGAGCGGAUCCGGCACUUUGAGGACCGCAUAUAAUAACGUUGGGUGGAUCGCCCCCGCCUUUGGAUUCGUUGUUGCUGUUGUUGCUAUCUACACGAUCCUUCGGGUGUAUCGACGACAGCACCAAUUUAGCCGGGUGAAGGAGAGGGGGUCGUCGGAGAGCCUGGACAGGGCCGAGGGGUCCAAGCCCUGGCAAGGGUCGUCGGAUCAAAGUACAGAGUCGUACUCUGUACUCUGUACCUUAAUUCAUCCGCGCCGGACCAACGCUGCAUCUCCAAUGCCUGCGCCAAAAUCCGGAUCCAAAGGAACCGCCGGGCGUCCGUCGCUACCGUCGCUAUCGCUGUCCUCCUCCACCAACAACCCUUCGUCGUCGUCGGCCAUCGACACCCCAGCGGCCACCCCCAACCCCCUCUCGGCCACUUCGGCCUCCUUCGCCCAAUCCUCCUCCAAGAGCCGGAAUGCUCGUCACACCCGGGCCACUUCUUGGACAUCCGCCCACGACCAAAGCGGCCUACCCUCCCCCGCAGACUUCUCCCUCUCCACCUCCCAGCAACGCCGUCGCCGUGAGUCCAACAUCUCACUAGCCGACGUCUCCGAGGGCUCCUCCGGCCGCUACGACGACGACGACGACGAUUACUCUCGCGACAACAUGGCCGUGAGAAACACCUCCUUCGACUGGGGUCCUGGCCACGCCCGCAGCCGCUCCCAUUCCUACAGCCAGCCACAGAUGUCCCUGUUACAACCACAAGAACUCGCCGACUCCUCGGCGCCGCGCCCGCGUCCGGCUCCCGUCACAUGGAUGUCCCUUCCGCGGAAGGGGCAGCUCGCCCUUCUCGGCCUGUGCCGCGUCUUCGACUUCCUACAAAUCGCCUCCUUGCAGGCAUACAUGUUCUAUCAGUUGAAAUCCUUCGAUGAGAACCUCUCUGAUGCCGACGUCUCCACACAGGCAGGUAUCCUUCAGGGUGCCUUUACCGCGGCGCAGUUUGCGACAGCAAUCCCUUGGGGUCGGGUGGCCGAUGCGGAAUGGGGUGGACGGAAAUUUGUUCUGCUGGUUGGUCUUCUGGGCACGUCACUGUCCUGUCUGGGGGUGGCCUUUUCGACGUCGUUCGCGCAAGCCGUAUUCUGGCGUUCGUUUGGCGGUGCCAUCAACGGGACUGUGGGUAUCAUCCGGACCAUGAUCGCAGAGAACGUGAAGGAGAAGAAAUACCACUCUCGCGCGUUCUUGAUCCUCCCGAUUGGAUUCAACAUCGCCGCGCUAUUUGGACCGGUGAUGGGCGGUAUGCUAGCUGACCCGGUCAAGGCCUAUCCUCGACUCUUUGGGCCUGACUCGUCUUUCGGGGGCGCGGACGGUGUGCAGUGGCUCGUCCGCUACCCUUAUGCGUUGCCGAUGCUGGCGAAUACCAUCUUUCUGUCUUUCGCAGCAGCCUGCGUCGCAAUCGGUCUGGAGGAGACUCUGGAAGCUUGCAAGGGCAAGCCCGGCCUGGGAGUCUUCUCGAUGCGCAUCUUGGCCCGCGGCAUUCGGGCAGUGGUUCCCUCAUCCUCCCCGCUGUACCACAGACUGCCUUUCGCGGACUACGACGAAGAAGGUCCUCUGCUCAACCGCAGAGACAUUGCCGAAAGUUACGAGAUGGAGGAGAAGGCGACCAAGUCGACCCGCCAGUCUCGCACCCUGCCGUUCCGGCGGAUCUGGACCAAGAACGUACUGUGCACCCUGUUGGCACAGGCGUUCUUCGACUUUCAGAUGGGUGCCUUCAACAACCUCUGGUUGCUUUUCCUCUCUACUCCCCGAUAUGACGCCAAUGACCCCGCCAGUCCAAUCCAGAGGCUGCCAUUUAUCUUCACUGGAGGACUGGGCAUGCUGCCCCAGAGCGUCGGUUUUGCUACCGCCAUUCUCGGAGUGAUUGGCAUGCUCCUCCAAUUCACCAUCUACCCCAGCAUCAACGGCCGCCUGGGCACAGCCAAGAGCUACCAGUACUUCUUGACGCUGUUCCCCCUGGCCUACGCGUUUGCGCCUUAUAUCGCGCUCGCGCCGUCGUCCGCGCCCCCGCCGGGCCAGGCCAACGGAGGAUGGGUGUGGUUCUCCAUCAUUGUGGUCCUCUUCCUGCAGGUCACCGCGCGGACCUUUACACUCCCGACGUCUAUCAUCCUGUUAAACAACUGUUCCCCGCACCCCUCGGUGCUGGGCACAAUCCACGGCAUCGGUCAGUCGGUGUCGUCGGCAUUUCGCACCAUUGGGCCAAUCUUCUCCGGGUCGUGGUACGGCUACGGUCUGGAGAUGGGCAUGGUGGGAUUCGCGUGGUGGCUGAUUGCACUGGUGUCGGUGUUUGGCUGCGUGGCGGCCAUCUUUGUAUACGAGGGUUCCGGACAUGAGGUCUUUCUUCCGGGCGAGGAAGAGGAGCUCCGGGACUGAGUUUCUUGCACUUGGCGUUUUGCUUUAACUGUUUCUUCUGUACAUAUAUACCAUGGACCCAUGCAUAGCGGUGUCCGAAUGUCUGUUUUGGGUAUUUUUUAUAGUUGGCUUGAGCGGUUGGUGUGUGAUACCUGCCGUUACCUUAUGCAUGGAUGACCAAAAGGAGAUAGAAGGAUGCAUCUAAUAGAAGUUGCUCGUGCGGCGCUGUCAUAACAAUCAUAACCAAUGUACCUACCUACCUGUCAUACCUCACCGCCGCAGGGCCGCGAACCGUUGCGUCAGUUCAUCCAACUCGGGUAUCUCACUCUUUCCUGUCCUCGUCUGGCCCUGGGCUG